GUGACGUCAGUUCUCAAGAACGAAAACAGUUGUGCUCCGUGGCUGGUCAAGUGAGGACCGUCCGACAAAAGUGCUCGAAUUGUGAUCAAAAUGGAUUCUCUUCGUAAUGAAGUGAUGGUGAAUCAGUUUGUUAUGGUUGCUGGUUGUGCCAGAGAGCAGGCGAGGCAGCUUCUCCAAGGUGCAAACUGGCAAUUCGAGACGGCGCUGAGCAUGUUCUUCCAGGAGGCGGCCGUGUCCUGCAGCACAAGCAGUCGGCAAAACAGCUUUCAAAUGCUCCAGACGCCAGCCAACACUCCCGCCACACCGCCCAACUUCCCCGACGCCCUGAUGGCCUUCGGAAAGAUGUCCACCAGCGACAAACUGGGAACCAGCCCGUCAGCGCACAUGUCUACGUCUCCCGUGUCGAGCAUGAUGCCGCCUCCGCCGCCGCCGCACGGCGCGCCGUUCGGCUCGCCCGCCGGAGCCGCCUUCUCACCGGCCAAUCACAGCACGAUGUACGGCUCUCCAGCCAAUCACAGCACGAUGUACGGCUCGCCGGCCAAUCACAGCGGCGCCGCGUUCUCUCCGGCCAAUCACUUCUCUCCGGGCGCGUCUCCGCGCGCCUGCAGCCAGCCAAUGCAGGUGGAAUCGCGCAGAUAAGGCAGGGCGCCGGCCGCCUGCCGCCAGCGCCACCUACUCGCCACAUUCGCCGCGACAGCCGCCGCCUGGCGGCCGCCCUGCGAAGCUGCAGUGGCCACGGCCGCCGCCGGAGAGCAGCAGUGUCUCAGCGGCGGGCGCGCCUGCCUGAUCUCCAUAGGUGGCACGCCGCGCCUCUUCACCAGUUGCUCAACACCUCACGCUUUGCACGCUGGCCGCGCGGUGCGCCGGACUUGACCUGUGUCCUACUAUUUACCUCUGGACGGCGCCGGCGGCGGAGCGCGCAGUCCGCCGGCAGCAGAUCUCUGGCGCGCGCGCGCGCCACGAAUGGACCCGGCGCGGCGUCGCUCGUCGUCGCCGCCGUGUUCGCACACAGGAUGGUUUUCGCCGGCCGCCCGGAGAGCGGCACCGACCCGCUGUCUGCGCGGCGCGCCUGUGGUGUCGUAUUCGACUGCGGCGUCCGAACUGGCGUUUGAUUGGUGUCCGGUGUCCCGGCUGACGAUCAACCAAUGGACUUUGUGUACGCUGCGAGAAGAGCGCUUUAGUUGACAUUACUAUUUGUACGUCGGCUCCACUUGUGAAGCUGCGGUCGGCUGAUGCCGCGGCCUCUGCCCGAGUGGACGCCCGCCGCGGUCUCCGGCGCCGCCGCCGAUCCGGGCGUGUGACCGAGGGCGACGUGCGGUGGGAGGCUCGCCGACCCCUCCCCUGAUAAUGGGACGCCAUGUUGGUGGUACCCGACCCCCUUUUUGAUGUACAUUGUGUACCUCGUGCGUGUAGAGUGUGAACUGUACUGUAGCGAGCGUCUGCGCGGCUCGGCUCGCGCGAGCUCGACGCCGGCAGCCCAGCUGCGCAUGCGCGCAGGCUGCCGCGUGCUGAUUGGUGCUGGUGCGAUUACGUCACCUGGUAGGCGUGGCGUCGGUGGUUCAUUUCUGUGUGACAAAAAUAUAGACGGAGAUGCGUCAUAAUAAACAUUUGUACACGUCA